AAAAAUGUGUGUACAUGCCCACAAAAUUUGCGUUCGUUACUGGCAGCCGGCGGUGCAGGAACGCCAUGUGGGAAACUGUGGUAUUGGGGAGACUGUCACCAUUCUGACGUUGCCAUCUCAUCACUUAUCUCUUCACCACUAUAACCGAUGCGAUGUAAAUAUAAAUAUUGUUCGGUCCCCAUCAGGUUAGGAGAAUGGAUUUUGGUGUGGAAAUGGGCACCCAAGGAUAUGACACAGAAAAAGACUUUAUUUUGUUUUAGGGGGAGAUUCAGAGGGUUACCCACCUCGUAGGCCCUGGAGGUGUGGCCUACACAGAAAUUUUUGCAAACAAUUUCUGGAUAAGACAUCUUCGUAGUAUUUUGGGUUAGAUGGGAUUCUUUGGGUACUGAAUAACAAACAAGUUGAUUUUCACUGGCGGGAUUUAAACUUUGGUGUUGGGUAUAUGUAUGUAGAAAUUUUGUCGGAUUUGGAGGCCAGGAACGAGGCUGGAGCACUGAUAUGGUUCUGAAGAAUAAUUGGAAAACCUGAUACGGGUUUUAAGUACAAUUGGAAGAGGAAAUUUUGAUUUGGGUUUCAAGCAAAAGAAUUGAAGAUGCGGAACACUGAUUUGGAUUUAAAGCUAAAGAAUUGAGGAAAUUUUAUGUGGGUUUCAAGUAAAUGUAUUUAAUAGGCUUUAGGGUCUAAAUGCCAUUGUUGUCGCUUAUCAGUGAUUUAUUGGUGAGAGUUUCGGGCACGGAGAAACGUGUCACCGAUCUGUUUGAGCGUUUGUGAAUUAGCUUUUUAUGUCAUAUUUGUUUGAAUCUUUAAAAGAAUUCAGGGAUCAGCGAAACAGCGCCUUGUUUUCUGAAUUCAGUGGAUUUUCUUUCUUUGUUGGGUGUCGAGGUGGAAUGUAUUUCAAAACCCUGGAAUACUUUGUUUCAAGAAUGCUGAACAUCCGCUAGUUUAUGUCAGAGCUUUUCUUCGAUUUGAUGGCAUUUACUUCUCCAUGAAUGAGUAGUAGAUACAGUUAAUGUAAAUAUGUAUUUGUAGGUCACUAACAGUGAUUCAAGGUGACAAAGAAAAUGAGUUUGAGCGCUUCAGAGGAAUCAGGACCGGAUGUAAGAUUGCCUGAAGAUAUUGAUUGGCAAAUGCUUGACAAAUCCAAGUUCUUCUUCCUGGGAGCAGCUCUUUUUUCAGGUGUGUCUGUCACUCUAUACCCUGUGGUUGUUCUUAAAACUAGGCAGCAGGUUACAAAAACCCAAUGCACUUCUAUUAGUCUCGGAUUGAACAUACUCAAGCAUGAGGGAUUCUGUGGUCUGUACCGCGGCUUGGGCACAUCAUUGAUGGGUACCAUUCCUGCAAGGGCCCUUUACAUGAGUGCCCUAGAAAUCACGAAGAGCACUGUGGGAACAACUAGUAUGAAAUUAGGGUUUUCUGAGCCCACAUCAGCUGCUGUUGCCAAUGCUGCUGCUGGGCUCAGUGCAUCUGUGGCAGCUCAAUUGGUUUGGACCCCUGUGGAUGUCAUCAGCCAGAGGCUAAUGGUACAGGGUACCCGUGGCUUUUCUCCGGCUUCUACAAGCUAUGCGAAUGGCAUAGAUGCUUUUAGGAUCGUUUUUAGGACAGAGGGCUUGAGGGGUCUGUACAGAGGCUUUGGAAUGUCAAUUCUCACUUAUGCUCCUUCCAAUGCACUCUGGUGGGCUUCCUAUUGCGUUGUACAGAGAAUGGUGUGGGGCAACCUUGGUUAUUGCAGCCGGAAGGAUGGGCGGAUCAAGGAAUGCAUUGACCCAAGCCCGGGCUCAAAAUUGGUGGUUGCAGUUCAAGGAUUGAGUGCUGCAUUGGCCGGAGGUGUUGCAGCCCUUGUAACAACGCCGCUCGAUACCAUUAAAACUAGGUUGCAAGUCCUUGAAGGCGAAGAAAAUAGAAGGCCCACCGUAGCCCAAACUGUAAGAAAUCUUAUGAAGGAAGGUGGGUGGACUGCAUGUUAUAGAGGCUUGGGACCUAGAUGGGCUAGCAUGUCCAUGUCAGCAACCACCAUGAUUACAACUUAUGAAUUUCUUAAACGAAUGUCAACAAAGCCGCAAGAAAAUUGUACUCCAAAAUGAUUGUGGAAGGCAUGGUUCCUUGCACAUGACAUACGACACUGCUAGACAAGGGACUGAAUGUCUGCCAGGCAAUUCAAUGCUUAUCGUCUCGGUCCAUAUAUAGUAAACUGCUAUAUACCGAGAGUAGUCUCUUCACAGUCUUGCAAUUGUAGAGACUUUAUAAUGUGCGCGGAAAUCAGAAAAUUUUCUUGGACCUAUAUAUGGUUCUUGGAUAUUCUCUCAUAUGAAUUUGAACCAAGGUUGUAAAUUGCACAAAAAUCUUAAUAUAUUGAACUUUUGUACAGAUACCAUAAAAUAAUCUGGGAAUUCAUUUCAGUGUAUAUAUAUACGGAAGAUAGGAGCUAUUUUACAAAUAAAGGAAAAAGAUUGAUGGGAGUGAAGAAAAUUGGAUAUCUAAUUAAAUCAUCGCUACAAAUGUCAGGUUGGAUAAACUGUUUAUAUUGCCUGUCUAAUUCAAUCAGGAUUGUUGGUUUUCAGCGUGAUAUGCCUUUGAGAACACGGCUUCCUUUUUUGUCGUUCAAGAUAUGGAAGCUGAUAUUCAGACACUUAAUUUCUACAUCACAUCUUUGAGGCCGGACGAUUUGUUGUAUCUUCCGAAUUAUGAGGCAGCUGUCAACUGUACUUAUUCAAGCAAGUUCUGUAAAAUAUAGUUAUAUUGCAAAAUGAAUUACCACGUCAUUCCAUUUCUGUCUUCUAUUAAAGUUUACUGCAUAUCUAGUAAUUAAAUUCAAGCAAGAUGGCAUUGCUGAAUGAGAUACCAUCAGGCAUAAUUUUCAUAUAUGAAGUCAAACUACAAGGUUCAAAAAAAAGUAGGUUGCUUUUUAUAAGUUCUUUCUGAAUCCUCUGUAUUAUUUUCAUAUUUGACCAUAUCUGGUUUAAUUUAUUUUGCUUACUUGUUCACUAAUAUCUGAGUUUCUCCAAAUCCUAUCUUGGUAACCAUUCUGUGAAUAUUAGAAUUUAAGGCAUAUAGGUUCUACUAUGCAUGAUCAAGUUUGAAAACUUUAUAAGCUUUAUCCUCUAAAAGAGCUUUUCAAAAAGGGGAGAAGGUCUCCCGUUGCCUCUCGAAACUGUUUUGGCUUUAAUCUUGAAAAAUUUUCUUGCUUCAUUUGUAAAGUUACUCCAAUCUGUACAAUUUAGUUGUUGCUCAGAAGUCAAAAAAAUUUAUAACCCAAAACAGUGACUUUCUUUUAAGUGAGAAUCGUAUUUUGUUAUCUCUUCAUGUUCUCGCCUUAGUGCUGUGAUUUUCUGAAGGUUGGCCCUUUAGUCCAAAUCUCUGCAAGGCUUCAUAUCGAGCUGUCUUUCAGUCCCCUAUGGCUGAGGUUCAACAAUAAUAAAAUUUUGGAAGAAGAUACGCGAGUUUAUAGUUUUUAAUUUCAUGGUCCAUCUUUUUGAAGCUUGAUGCAGCCAUUUAAACUGGUCUACUUCUGUAGAACAACUGCAACAUUUUAGCGAGUGAAAGAUGCUCAAAAAUAGUAGGUACAUGGAUUGAUGUUUUCUUUUCAUUUUUAAUGAUAUGUGGGCUUUCUGAUGCUAUGGUGGAUUUUUUUAAAUGUCAAUUUAAUUUAAUCUUGAUAAGUUUGCAAGUACUAACCAAAUUCGUUGGUUCACUGCUCAAUUUGUAGGUUUUCAUGUUGCUUACAAGAGAUCCAUUUGAGCUGCGGUCUACCGAUCCCAACGAUGUGGCUUACUGAGUGCAAAUCACUUUGGUCAAAUACCUUUCAGACCUGGUUUCUAAGAUUGAGAAUGCUUAUUCUAUUCAGUGCAAAUGCUUUUGUGAUUUUUUUCUUAUGAUACAGAUCAUCAUCAAAGAAAACAGGACAUGUGGCUUUUGUCUGCUUCUAGAUUUGGUAGGCCUGGAAAUCGCUACCAUUUUCGCCUUUUGAGAUCGCUCUUCCUCCAAAGAGCAAAUUGUACUCGUUUCCUCGAAGCAUAUUCUCAAGUUUGUUUCUGGUUAUAGAAUGUUCCCGUGGACUAAUUAUAAGUUGAUGCUACAAAUAGAUGAAGUAUGGCGCAUUUUCUGAA